UCCAGCUGUACACGCGAGACACAAUAAUGGUACACCUAAAAGGCAUCACCCUGAUCCUGAUGAUUUGCGUUAUGCAGCACUUCCUGCAGGCGAACGCUCAGGCGAAGAAGGGAAAAGGAAGGCAAAAGCAGCCCCCGAAACCAACCAUACCUACUCAUAAACAUAAGAAAAGUGCCUCAAAACUCCCAAAAGACAACAAAGCAUUAUUUAAAGGUCGGAUCGGAAACAAAGAUGGGAUGCAGUGCACGUGGGCAGCCACGGAAAGCAGUGUUGAGCACGAUGGUGGAUUUGUCUUGAGCAUCACCUGCAAAAACGGCACUGGAAAGGGUCUCCAAUGUCAGUACACUGCUAAACCCAGGUUGUGUCCCGAGUACACAUCUGGUGUUGAUGCGUUUUGGAAACAGAUCGGCCGCUCUCUCAAGAAGCAGAAGAAGUUAUGCCACGACUCUAAAUCUCUGCUCAAGGCCAGAAUGUGCAGAAAAGCACCGAGGGCUGCACACUUUGCUCUGAGAACUGCGACAAAGGGUGAUCCGAAACCUGCGAGGAAGAACAAGAAGAAGCCGUGCCAAAACCUUAAUAAUAGACAAAAACUGGCUGAAGAGUAUUGCAGCAGCUCCUGGUCUACAUUCUGUACCUUCAUCUUUGCUAUGGUUGAGACUGAGGAUUGUUAAAUGGAACACGACUCAACUGUGGACUACAGCCAUCUGUUAACUAUACAAGGCUGAUGUCAAAACAGAACUUUAAU